ACAAUAUUAUGCACAACACUCUGCUGUUGUCUCGUCUCUUCGGUACAAUAUACAAACCAUUAAUUGAUUAUACUUUGUACGUGGUUACAAUACAACAUUCGUCGCGCGUUACGUUACACUUUACACGGGCUCUCGAGGGGAAUAAGAAGAAUCGGGUACAACGUAUAACAUGAUAAUACGAGAGUGCCCGUUGCUGCUGCCGUGUAUAAUAAAUAUACAUUAAAAUAUUAUGUUAAAAGUAACGAGUGUUAGCAACUACCUGUGCACCACACAAAUAAUAAUUAUACAAUAAUAUAAUUGACAAGCGACGUGUGCGCCGGAGGUGGUGCGUAUACAUUGCAUUGUUACGAAUAGGUGUAGCAUACGUGUACAGCGCUCGUAUCCCUCCCCCCUGUAACCUACUGCUUCUUAAUUCUUCCUCCUCCCCUUUUUAUUUCCUUUCGCCGACGUCGCCGUCAUCGACUGCUAUACUUUGUAUUAUAAUAUAUCAAGUGUAUGCCUAUACGCUGCUCCAGUGUGUGUGUCAUCUUCGUCGGGUCGUGUAUAUAACGUACGCUCUCACGCCACCGUCAACCAAUAGCACACGUAUAAAAUGUUAUAUACGUACAAUAAAUACAUGAUAUAGUUGUUUUUGGUAUGACAGUAGCCGAUCGUAGAUAUUCGGGGGGUGGCGCGUGAAAACGCAAAUUCAAGUGAACGAACCACAGAGGUGGAGAAGAUAAUAAAUACAAAAGUACAAUACAUACAAGGGAGGAAAGUGCAGUGUAUAUAAUAUAUAAUAUACUUACAUCUCACGUAGUAGGCGAAAUUUGAAUGAUCGGUGGUUUUUUGUGCGCGAGUUUUUGCUGUACUCAAAGUGUCAGUGCGUGGGAUCUUUGCCAAUACAAGGCGUACAUGAUUUAUACACUAUAGUGUAUGCAUAUUAAUAUACGUAUACAAGUGUUCCACGUAUAGCCCAUAGAUACACGUAGAUAUUGGCGAUAUAUUGAUCGACACAGCUGUUGCCGUUGCUUCUCUGCUCCGUUUAGCCGGCUACGUACAUAGGUACAUUUGUGCGCGCGCGUGUGCGUGUGAGUUGACUUACAUAUAUAUAUAUACAGUUGUUAAUCGAGUCGUGGGGGGAGUGCUCUCUCUCUCGGUUGUGCACAUAGAGGCGCUCUCCUCCCGAGGAUGUUUAAAUGGCGAUAAGAAGAAAAUCACGGCUCGUCGUGUGCAGCAGCAGCUCGGUCGGCGCUGCGGCGGCCGUUGCCGUUAUACCGGAACGACGACGCCGACGUCGAGGCUCGAUGUCUGCUGGGUCACAAAUUCAGAUGGCACCCCAAUCAACAAUAAACUCUGGUCAGUCAGUUCAUAAUCAAGAUUCAAAUAUGAGCACUGGCUCGUCGCAUAGCGACAAGGAGGUAGAUCCAAAUACUCCAGAAAAGGUGCAUCGAACUCCAUCGGACAGGAAGAGAAAACGUAAAGCGGAUGACAGCGGAGGAGGGGUCUUGAGUCUAGGCAGCAAAGGAGUCAGAUCCGUCAGUUCGUUAGAGAAUAAAAAAAUUAAUGAGUAUUUUCCAAAGCACCAUGUAGGCAGCAGUCCUAUCAGGCAUGGAGGUGCCAAGAGUCCAUCCCCCCAACAGGUGUACCCCAUGGUUAGUGAACAAAAAUAUCCUCCAUCGGCGCAGCAGCUGAUAACGCCACAGGUGACGACGGGCAACCCAGUCGUAGGGGUCGGGUCGUCGGUGUCGAGCUCAGUGCAGGCGGGUUCGGGCGGUUCCAGGAGCGCUGAGUUCCCGAGUUCGCUGAUGCAACCGCCUCGGGUGCCACAGCCACCCAGUCAGCCGGCAACUCAACAGCAGCAGCCGGUAAGCAGUAGCAGUAAUAGCGGAACUACGCCCUUGGCGACGACGACGACAAGCGCAGCCGUGAUCACAACCCAGACGGCCCAGACGGCUAUUGCAGCUCCCACCUCAGUGGUUAGCCAGGUCUCUGCACAGGCACAACAGCUCGCUGGCACGAUGGUCAGCAAGCAGGUGCAGGUAAGGCCUACCAACCUUCCUAGGACAAGCCAGGUCAGGCAAGCGAAGACUAACACCCCAAAUACGGAACUUACUUGCCAGAGGAUACAAGAGUUCGAAAAUCAAGCAUCCUCUGAUUUAGAGUUACGAAAUAGUAAAAUCGAAGAGUUGAAUAGGACAACGGAGGAGCUGAGGCAUCAGGUUUCGAGUCAGCAAAAGGCGUUAGAGCAGCACAAAUCCCAUAUAAAUAAGUGUAUAGAUGUUGUAAAGAAACUGCUUAAGGAAAAGUCGAACAUUGAAAAAAAAGAAGCCCGUCAAAAGUGCAUGCAGAACCGACUGAGGCUUGGCCAAUUCGUGACGCAGAGGGUGGGUGCGACCUUUCAAGAGAACUGGACGGACGGCUACGCGUUUCAGGAGCUCGCCCGGCGCCAGGAGGAAAUAACCACAGAGCGUGAAGAAAUCGACAGGCAAAAGAAGCUUCUGCUCAAAAAGAGGCCAUCAAACAGCGAAACGGGCAGGAAGCGCAGUACCCAGCAGUCCACCCAGCCGACAUCAUUGCACAAUGGUACCGAGGCCACGUUUCUCAAACCAGACGCCGUGCCUGGCUCGUACUCGUGGCAGGAGUACUACGAAGCUGACGAGAUUUUGAAACUUCGUCAAAGUGCUCUCAAAAAAGAGGACGCGGAUUUGCAGCUUGAGAUGGAGAAACUCGAGCGUGAGCGCAACCUACACAUUAGGGAGCUUAAGCGCAUACACAACGAGGACCAAUCGAGAUUUAAUUCUCAUCCAGUGCUCAAUGAGCGGUAUUUACUGCUGAUGCUGCUCGGCAAGGGCGGAUUCAGCGAGGUACAUAAGGCAUUUGACUUAAAAGAGCAACGGUACGUGGCAUGCAAGGUUCACCAAUUAAACAAAGACUGGAAAGAAGAUAAAAAAGCCAAUUACAUAAAACAUGCGUUACGAGAGUACAACAUUCAUAAAGCAUUAGAUCAUCCGCGGGUUGUAAAACUGUACGAUGUAUUUGAAAUAGAUGCAAACUCGUUUUGUACUGUUUUAGAAUAUUGUGACGGCCACGAUUUAGAUUUCUAUCUAAAACAACAUAAAACAAUUCCGGAGAGAGAAGCGAGAUCUAUUGUAAUGCAAGUCGUGUCUGCAUUAAAGUACCUCAAUGAAAUUAAGCCUCCAGUAAUACACUAUGAUCUGAAACCAGGAAACAUUCUCUUAACGGAAGGAAAUGUAUGUGGUGAAAUCAAAAUAACAGACUUUGGCUUAAGUAAAGUCAUGGAUGAGGAAAAUUACAAUCCAGACCAUGGUAUGGAUCUGACGUCACAGGGAGCUGGUACCUAUUGGUAUUUGCCACCCGAGUGUUUUGUGGUUGGAAAAAAUCCUCCGAAAAUAUCUUCAAAAGUAGAUGUUUGGAGCGUGGGAGUAAUUUUUUAUCAAUGCCUUUAUGGCAAGAAGCCUUUCGGGCACAACCAGUCACAAGCAACAAUUUUAGAAGAGAAUACAAUUUUAAAAGCAACAGAAGUUCAAUUUGCCAAUAAACCAACAGUCAGCAACGAAGCAAAGAGUUUCAUUCGAAGUUGCUUAGCGUAUAGGAAAGAAGAACGCAUCGACGUGCUAACGCUCGCACGACACGAGUACCUUCAGCCACCUAUGCCGAAACAUGGUCGCCAAGCAAACAAUCAGCAACAGCAGCAACAACAGCAGCAGCAGAUCCAACAACAGCACCAACAACAACAGCAGACGUCCUUCACAACGGGCAUGUUCAGCGGCAUGAAUGCGUCGAGUAGUUCGUAGUUGUGGAAGACAAAUAGCAGUAACGCUAAUAAUGGACUUUCGAGUAAAGCUUGCACACAUGCCAAAUCUUGGAGUAAUUCCGAGCUGCGCAAUAUUGUUUUAUCUUGAGGCGUGACUGGAGGUGACAUCACAUGGACGCAGAUGCUGGAAGAGCUGUUGAACCAAUUGUAAAUACGCGAGAGGCAACAUGUCAACUAGCAUGAAAAGCUGUACGUAUGGUUCGUUACCACCGUCACAACAUAGUGUAAUUGUGACGUGAAAUCCGCUCCUGUUGGUGAGAUGAACUGCAAUUACAGAAUGCAAAUCAAAUGGACGAUCGUCUCUGUGUUUCGGAGAAAGGAUUGAAUAAUCUACACACAGACAAAGUUGCAACUUUUUCAAGAAAAGUUGCUAUCGAUCCAUUUAUUUAAGCAUGACAAAAAGAAAAAAAAUGUUGUGUUUGUACAUAUUCGAAUGUAUUAUCGUUCCUUGUAUCGAAAAAACAGUGGGUUGACUGAUAAUAGUGUUUAUUAUAAAAAAAAAAAAAAUGAUUUGAGAGAGAAACGUUCAAACAUGUGAUAUGUCAUUGUGAAAUGAAGAUAAAAGUGGAGUUUAGACUAAAGAGAGGAAAUUCGACAGAUAAAUGUGAGAUAGCGUUAGUAAAAUCCAGUGGAAGUUAAAUUACUCACUUGAACGGUAAAAAUAAAAGAGCGAGCUAAAUGAGUUGGGAAUGAAGGAGAGAAGGAACAAAGUUUUUAAAAAAGUAAUACCGAUAAGUUGUUAACAACGAAAUCGAAAGUUCCCGACUAUUCUAGUGAAGGAGAAAAAAGUAAAAAAAAUUUCAAGCUGUUCCUCCUCUCUUGCAACAUCAAAAGAAAAGAAAAGUAUGACGUUUGAAUGAGUGCGAUAAUUGUAAGGUUGUUGAAAAUUCAAUUAGCGUGUGCAUGUAAAUAUUUAUGCUAUAUAUAUAUUUAUACCAUUAAUUCUAAUAAAAUAUAUAUAUAGUGUAAAAUAACGAAGUAAUAAAAAGAAGGUAAAGAGCGAAAAGAAAAAAGCCGCAUCGUGAACAAGAUGAGAAGAAAAGCUGUAUGUGUGGUGGCUCUAUCCUCGCAUGACAGUCGUGCAGUGCCAGAUAUUCCAUGAAUAUUUGUCCAGCACAUCAUGUUACUUUAUUCAAAUAUUGAUAAUUAAUUACUUAUAACGUGAAUAAAAAAAAUGAAAAAAAAAAAAAA